AUGGCCUCCGUCUCGACCUCGGCCGCGCCCCGGCAGAAGCCUGCCCAGCGCCGGAACGCUCCCUCGGCCUCUGCCACCGACUCCGAGGCCUCGGCUGCCGUUUCUCCUUCGGAGUCUCCCCAGCACUCGGCCUCGUCCACCUCGCUCUCUUCUCUCGCCUCCGAGUCCGAGGCCGCCCCCAAGAAGGCCGACAGCAACUACGGCCGUCUGUUCGACACGUACGGCAACGAGUUCACUCCCCCCGACUUCACCAUCAAGGACAUCUACGAUGCCAUCCCCAAGCACUGCUUCAAGCGCUCCGCCUUCAAGGGCUACCUCUACAUCCUCCGCGACGUCAUCCUCCUGACCACCACCUUCACCAUCUACUACAACUUCGUCACCCCCGAGUACAUCCCCUCCAAGCCCGUCCGCGCCGGUCUCUGGGCCCUGUACACAGUCCUCCAGGGUCUCUUCGGCACCGGUCUGUGGGUCAUUGCCCACGAGUGCGGCCACGGCGCCUUCUCCGACUCCACCCUCGUCAACGAUGUGACCGGCUGGGUCCUGCACUCGUCGCUCCUCGUCCCCUACUUCAGCUGGCAAAUCUCCCACCGCAAGCACCACAAGGCCACUGGCAACAUGGAGCGCGACAUGGUCUUCGUCCCCCGAACCCGCGAGCAGCAGGCUACCCGCCUCGGCAAGUUCGUCCAUGAGCUGUCUGAGCUGACCGAGGAGACCCCCGCCUUCACCCUCCUCAUGCUCGUCAUGCAGCAGCUCGUCGGCUGGCCCAACUACCUCUUGACCAACGUCACCGGCCACAACUACCAUGAGCGCCAGCGCGAGGGCCGUGGCAAGGGCAAGAAGAACGGUUUCGGCGGUGGUGUCAACCACUUCGAUCCCCGCAGCCCCCUGUAUGAGAACCGCGAUGCCAAGCUCAUUGUCCUGAGCGACAUCGGUAUCGGCAUCACCAUUGCCGGCCUUGUCUACCUCUCCAAGACCUUCGGCCUCAACAACAUGCUCGUCUGGUACUUCCUUCCCUACCUCUGGGUCAACCACUGGCUCGUUGCCAUCACCUUCCUUCAGCACACCGACCCUACCCUGCCUCACUACACCGGUGACGAGUGGAACUUCGUCCGUGGCGCCGCUGCCACCAUCGACCGCGAGAUGGGUUUCAUCGGCCGACACCUUCUCCACGGCAUCAUCGAGACCCACGUCCUGCACCACUACGUCAGCUCCAUUCCCUUCUACAACGCCGACGAGGCCACCGAGGCCAUCCGUCCCGUUAUGGGCAAGCACUACCGUGCUGACGUCAAGGACGGCCCCGUUGGCUUCAUCCGGGCCAUGUUCAACAGCGCCCGCAUGUGCCAGUGGGUCGAGCCCAGCGCCGAGGCCGAGGGCGCCGGCAAGGGCAUUCUCUUCUUCCGCAACCGCAACGGCCUGGGCACCAAGCCCGCCGUCUUGAAGAAGGCGGAGUAA